AUGAACACUCUCUUCUCCGUUUCUCCCAUGACCAUGCCCUUCUACAGAGCAUACAAGGCGAAGCAGGGUUCAUUUUUUGUUGUGUCUAGCACCUUUGAUCUCCCUAUUCUGGUCAAGAUAAGCUCUACUGCCUCGCAGGACUACAUAGUCUAUCCUCCAAUAUUUGUAUUAGCCCCGCAUACAGCCCAAGAAAUUUGCGUCAGCCUCACAUUAAAGGAAGAGCUAAAACCUCACGAAGAUCACCGCUACUCUGUUGACGCCUUUCCCUUGGAGCAGGGGGCCUAUGCAUCUCUCAGUACUGACGCAUCUCCGCAACCAACAGCAUUACGAAUCUACUGGAACUCGCACUACAAUGACGCAUGCAGAAAAGGAAGGUUGUUUACUCAGAAAUUCACUGUUUCAUUUGUGGACGGGGCACCCCCUGCAGCUGUGCAGAAACUUGCACGUCAUGUUCCCGCAGAAAUACUUGAUUCGAAGGAUCUUGAUACAGAGCUGGGGAAUAUAAGCCACAAGAAAGCAAGAUACAUCGCAGAGAAGGCGUCUCUCUUGCACUCUAUCCAGCUUCAGCAAGGAAAAAUAGAUCUUCUUAAGAAUACCAUUUCCCGCGAUGAAGCAGAAAUACUUAGGUUCAAUAGAGAGAUUGAUGAACUUCAGAGGCGCCUCAAGGAGCUUGGCAAUCAUGACACCUUGUCUAAGUACAUCAUAGGCACCAGGCUAGAGCUUCGUGUAGUACACUACAUACUAGCAAUCUUUGUCGGGUUAAUAUGCGGUAGGCUAUUGCACAAAUUUUGA